AUGAACACAGGCAGCUCCUUUGCAAAGAGCCCCAGAAGGGAUACCAAGAAAUCAAAGAAGUGUAAGGCCUUCAAGGAUAUUUCCAAAUACUUCUCUAAGAAAGAGUGGACAAAGCUUGGAUACACAGAGAAAAUCACUUAUGUGUAUAUGAAGAGAAACUAUGACACCAUGACUAAUCUAGGUCUCAGACCUACCCUUCCAGUUUUUGUGUGUUCUGAUAAACAGGCCACUGAAUCCCAGGGGAAUAAUUCUGAUGAAGAUCUGAACCACGAGAAUCAGGUCUUCUCCAUCACAGGAUGCAAGAAACGGGGGAGGAAUGUCUGGACCAAUAGACUGAGGAAAAGAAAGAAUCUAGCAGCAUAUGAAGAGAUCAGCGAACCUGAGGAACAUGACUCACUCUGUAAGUGA